AGUCGCAGUGUCAGACACGGGUCCUCGAGACUGACACGUACGGCGGAACAGCGAACGAGCAUCGUAGCGUAGCGUCGAAGUCCCGUGACAAGUGAGCGCGCCCGAGAAUCGGAAGUAACUGCUCGACUGGGUGGCUCUGCCUGUGGGGGCGCAUCAUUGCAACAUGGCAGACGACUUCGCCUUUUUCUCUUCAUCCGACAACGGAGCGCCGGCCGUUGAGGAGGACCCCGCCGCUGCGUUCCUAGCGCAACAGGAGAGCGAGAUCGCGGGCAUCGAGAACGACGACGGGUUCGGGAUACUGGAGGAGGCCGGACAGCCGCCGCCGCAGUCCAGCUGCGCCGAUGAAUUUGGGGGAGGGACUACGGUCACUACCACAAUGAACGGAGACAUAUUCCAGGAGUCAAAUGGACCAACCGACGGCUACGCUGCCAUUGCUCGAGUCGACCAGCAGCGACAGGAGCCCGAGAGUCUGCGCAAGUGGAGGGAGGAGCAGAAGGCGCGGCUCGAGCAGCUCGACUCCGCCUCCAGGGCCGCAGAGGAGGAGUGGAAGGAGAAGGCAAGGAAGGAGCUGGAGGACUGGCACAUGCACCAGGCGGAGCAGAUGGAGAAGAACAGGGCCAACAACAGACUCUCCCCAAGUCUGACACGGAUUGCAGAUCAGGCUUUCUACGAGCAGCCCCACGCUGAUGCAAUAGGCUUUGUGGCUUCUGAAGAGGCCUUCCGGAAGGAGUGUGAUGAAGACACGCCUGGGUCCGAGUGGGAGAGGGUGGCGCGGCUCUGCGACUUCAACCCGAAGACCAACAAGCAAUCAAAAGACGUGUCUCGCAUGCGCUCUGUGCUCAUCUCACUGAAACAGAUGCCCCUUAUCCGCUAGGGCAUGACCUCCCCCCCCCCCCCAAAAAAAAAGAAAAACAGUGGCGUAGCAGCGCUCAGUCGUUUUGCUCAUUACUCUCUUUUUAACCACGUUCAGAUUUCGGUUCCUUUUGCCUACAGAUGCAAGAUCAUCAGUGCUCCUGUCUGGGGGUAGCAGCCAUGUCUCAGCAGUUCUCCUCCACACAGUUCAGCCACCUCACCAGGUACUUUGUCACCCUGUGCAUUGGAAGGGCAAGGCUUUUAAAAUGUAUACAAAUGCCAUGUUUUUGCAGCUCAACGUUAAAAAAAAAAAAAAAAAAUCCAAUGAAAUACUGAACAGAACUGUUUGGCCCCUUUCUGCCAGCCACUGACGGAGGGGUGAUGUGCUGCAUCUCUAGAUGUCCUUCGGUUGCUCUAAGUACCAUUAUUUGUUGAUCUCCAGUUCCCCUGAUGUUGCUUGCAGCAUCGAGCCUUGUGUUUUGUCUGAUUGUUUGGUUCGCCCUUUUCUUGAGCAGCCCGCCAUCUAGCAUGUGCAGUUUGCUGCUUUAAAGAAGUGGCGCUGCCCAUGUACCAAAGCACUUGCCUUCUCUAGAUUUGCCUUCAAGUACUCGUGCGAAAAGUUGUUUUAAAAUUGCAGCUGCUGAUCUUUCCUUUUCGUAACAAUGUUUGUUUUCUGAUUGGCUUGCUGCUCAAAGGCCACAGCCUGCCUUGUAUUUCACCUGUCCCCAGGUGAUGAUGCUUCUGUAUGCCACAGCACUUAAAACGUUGAAAUGCUAUUCAUCCCCUUUUGUAUGACAUUAAGUACAAUGUGAUUGAAAUGUCCAGAUAACAGAAAAAGUGAACAUGCACGAAGUGAUGAACACUGAUGGGAUGUUGUAGGAUAAGGGGUCACGUAGGUUUAUUGAAAAACUCCACAUGCCCAACGAGCAUUUUGUGUGCUGCAUCGCAUUCUGAACGUGCAGUGAAAACACACCAUAAGGACAAUGUCGUCCUAUAGCCAGUUGGAGCAUCCGUGGGAAAUGCAGUACUAAGAGUACGAAAUUGCAUUUUAUUCCAAGUCUUACCAUGGUAGUUUGCUUCAGAUGCAGCAAUCGUUGCAUUGACACAGCAGUGACACCAUGCUUUUGGACACGCUUAGAGCCUCAUUAUGUAUGACACUCGUCAUAGUUGAUCCUAGGAAAUCCUGUAAUGUUCCAUUAUAUGCUUUAGGCUCCCAUGAUCAUACCGAUAAUCAACUGAUUGAUAAUCCAUCUUCCGGGCACUGUGCCGUUGUGAGGGAACUGUUUCCUAGAGCCCAUUGGCUUUUUUUGUACUGUAGUAAUGAGAUACUGUAAGGGGCUACAGGGUGUCAGGUGACCUGUUUAUGCGCACCAGUGUAUGCGUUGAUUGUAUCUGGUGGCCUUUCUGAACAUCAUAAUGCCCAAAGAGCCUCCUUAGCCCCUGGACAAAAGUUAUCCUCCCCCCUCCCCCGCGCUUUCACUCA